GCGAAAAUUUUGUGUAAUUCGUAAUCACUGCCCCCCAUGCAGGCCCUCUCCUAAAUUGCUUUCCCCCUUUCUAUAGCUAUAAAGGUACAGGUGGAAUUGUCUCUACAAUGUUGACGACCGUGGUCGGCAGUUACCCUAAACCGGACUACCUGCGGAUUCCGGACUGGUUCACGGACGCUAACCUGGCCAAAGGUUACAAGUACACUCCAGCUGACUACAACGAGUUCCAGAGGGCCGCUGACAAGGAAGAUCUAGAGAAGCAGAUCACACGCGCGAUCCGGGAGGUGAUCCAGGAACAGAUCGACAUCGGGAUCGACGUGAUCACAGACGGCGAGCUGCGUAGAGAGAACUACAUCUACCAUUUCUGUCGUCAGUUGGAGGGUUUCAGUUUUGAGGAGUUGGAGAAAGUGACUUACAGGAACGGGGCUACUACCGGAUACUUCCCUACUGUGGUGUCAGAGGUCAGACCACGUAAAGACCAGCCGAUUGUUGUAGAGGAAUGGAGGGCGUCCCAGGGUCUAACCCAACAUCCGGUCAAAAUCACCAUACCUGGACCCAUGACCAUCAUAGGAACUACUAAAAACCGCUUUUACAAAGACCGACGCGAGUUGAGCGAGGCCCUGGUAUCGGUGAUCAACCGCGAGGUGCGCGCCCUAGCGGCCGCAGGGUGUAAGUACAUCCAGAUCGACGAACCCGUCAUGAUGCGGGAACCAGACAUCGCCGAGGAUUAUGGGAUAGAACACGUUUCAAGGUGCUUUGAGGGUCUUCCUCCAGAGGUGACCAAGGUUGUACAUGCCUGCUGUGGAUAUCCGCUUUACCUGGACCAAGAAGACUACCUGAAGGCGGACAGAUCGCUGUACGGAAGGUUGGCGGGCAAACUGGACAGCGCUGGUUUCGACCGACUGUCCAUAGAAGACGCGCACUGCCCCACAGACCUGUCGUUCCUGUCCAAGUUCAGCCGGACCACCGUGGUGCUGGGGGUGGUGGCCAUAGCCCGCAGCAGGGUGGAGACCGUGGAGGAGAUCCGGGGACGGGUUCGGGAGGCCCUGCGCUUCCUGCCGCCACACAGACUGGUGCUGGCCCCCGACUGUGGACUCGGCUUCCUGUCCAGGGACGUGCUCAGGGACAAGCUCACCAACAUGGUCGCAGCGGCAAGGACAUUUCCCGAGGCAUAAAGACCAUUUUUGUUAGUCUACAAAUUUGAAGGAAGAUUUUUUACCUCCGGGGAAGGAGAUAUCCUUCCGCGAGGA